AUGGGGGGCCACGGGCUUGCUCGUGUCGCGCUAGCUCAAGGUCAUCGAGUACGGGGCCUGAGCAGAAACUCUCACAAGCUUGACCCGGAUAUCGCCUCGAAAGUUGACAAGUUUGUUACAGAGAUUAUUUUGAUACUGAAUCUUUGGCAGAGGCAGUCGAGGGUGUCAAUGCUGUCAUUUCUGCCCUGGACAAAGCUAGAUAUGGGAGACCACGAAACGUACGACGCCUAUCUCUCUUUCAAGCGCCUUGCUGAGCUCUCCAGUGCACUCAAGCCCAUUUAUGAGCUUGUGGGCGCGAUCCUUAAGUACGGCUUUAAUAACUGCAAAAGAGACAGUCGAUCGGCUCUCAUCAAUAUCGCCUCUCAAAGUCUUGUGUACUUUGGCACGGGCAAUGAGCAGCUUUCAUUCAUUAGUGUUAAUGACUUGUCCAAGUUCACUUUGGCUGCAAUUUCCGAUCCAUUGAUUCUUCAACGUGGCAUGUACUAUACAAAGUCUUUCCGAUGCACGAUGUCCGAAUUGGCGGAUAUGUAUGGCAAGGCGAGGGGAACAGAGAUCACAACGCAGCGUCUCGGGGGAAAGGCUGAUCUCGAAGCCAUGCUUGCAGGUGCCAGGACGAUGAUUAGUUCCUGGGAACUAAACAAGUAUAUUGACUUGGUAUAUGGCGUUGCAAUGUCACGCGGUGUGGGUCUCGCUGACCCAAGCGACUGCGAGAGAUGGGCUGGAAUUGUUAUUCCCACUGGAUUUUGCCAAUGGUUACAAGAGAAUCCUGCUUGA